AUGUCAGACAAGGGCAAGAAAACUGUAGCUGGUCACCCAGAAAAACUUGUGGCCUCCAAAAAGAAAACCUUAACAAGGAGCACAAAGGACCUUAGUCGGGUUCCCAUUAGCACAGACAACAAAGCAACGGAGGAAAUGAUCCAGCAAGCGCUGAACGACAAUCCCUCAGAUCCUACAGAUAAAAACAUGGUGGAGCAACCCGAAAAACUUCAAGCUGAAGAUUGUGGUGGAAAGAAUGAACCAGAACCGAUCACACAGGAGCCGUUCACCAUUUCGCCAAAUCUUGAUGAAGCAACCACGUCCUCCCCAGUGCUUGCAAGAUCUGAAUCAAGCCUCCUACGAAUCCGUGCUCAGAUCAGACACGCGAAAACUGUGGAGACCAAGGACGGUCUAAGAGCCAUGUCAGAAGCUGAAGACACAGCGGAGUCGGACGUUGACAGUGGGGAUACCAACACCUCUCUUGACGCUUCCACGAGAUCGAUUUCGGGUACCCGAAUGCUUUUGAAUGAGCUACCCAAGCACGCAAACCAAGUACUUCAGCGGGCUAAAACAGAUCUUGAAAAAUCUGGCAACUUAAAGAGAGAGAUUCGGGAGAGUGUUGUUUCAGGGUUAUACACUUUAUAUGAGAUGAUACUUAAGCUGUCGGACUCAAGAACGCUACAUAUGCUUGAGUCAAACAAACAGAAAUUAAACGUUUCUCGAGAACCGAAAGGCUCACCCAAAGGCAUGCUAGGUUUAUGCACGAAACCUUGGGACAAUAUGCCCUCUUAA